UUUCCUUUUGGCGGGUAAGAGAGAGAGAGAGGGGAGGCUAGUGAGAGAAAACCAAAGUGAGGGUGAGGGAUCGAAAAGAUCGAAGCUUUGAAAAAGAAAGAGGAGAGAGAAAGUGUGAAGAGAGAGAGAGAGAGAGAGAGAGGGUAGCAGUGCAGCGAGAGUGAGGGGGGAGGCCUUGGUUUCACCACUGGUUCUCUCUCUCUCUGUCUAUCUCCCUGUUUCUUCCUAGGGGAAGAUCAGGCUGCCCUUGAACUUCCAGAGCGUUCUAGAAGGCGAAGUUCCUCAAGUUCUUAAUCCUACUGUUUCUUCUUCUUGUUUGGCUAUCGUUCGUUUCACACGUAGGAGCGUGGUGGGGAGUACUCGGCAGAGGCCUGCUAGUCAAUGGAGUUCUAUGGUAGGAGCCCCACAAUGGAGGGGUCUCCUACCGAUCCCGCCCUACAGUGGAACCCCCAACCUGUGGAGACCGGACUAGAAGAACCCAUGUGGCAGCUGGCUAUUGGUGGAGAAAGCAGCCGGGAGUCGUAUCCGGAGCGGCCGGGGGAGCAGGACUGUCCAUUCUAUAUGCGGACUGGGUUCUGCGGCUACGGCGGAAGCUGCCGGUUCAAUCACCCUCGUGACCGGAAUCUGCAGGUUGCAGUUUUAAGAUCAGGGGAGUACCCAGAAAGAGUGGGUGAGCCUGUCUGCCAGUACUUUAUGAAGACUGGGACUUGUAAAUUUGGUGCAACCUGCAAGUACCACCAUCCUAGACAUGGGCCACUGACCACGGGGCAACUGAAUUCUCUUGGCUACCCACUUCGACCGGGUGAAAAGGAGUGUAAUUAUUAUAUGAAGACAGGGCUUUGCAAAUUCGGUGUCACCUGUAAAUUUCAUCAUCCGCAACCUGCUGCUUCAUCAUUGUCGUCUCCUGUUUCUGCAUUCUAUCAAGCAGUACAGUCUCCUUCAUCUCCUUCUCCUCAUCCGUAUGGAGGAGGAGUGGCUAGUUGGCAUGUUGCUCGGCCCCCAAUUUUACCUGGUUCAUAUGUUCAAGGUCCAUACAGUCCUGUGCUUUUACAUCCUGGAAUGGUUCCAAUUCCAAGUUGGGGUAGCUAUCCACCUACAGUAGCUCCUCUAGCAUCCCCGGGUACACAACAUCCUGCUGCAACAGGCUCUCCCUAUGGUGUGGCACAUCAGCUAUCUCCUUCUGCACCUGCAUAUCAGGGACCCUAUUCUUCAUUGUCUUCUUUUGCUGGACCUUCAAGCAGCAGCCAGAAGGAAAACAUUUUCCCUGAGAGACCUGGUCAGCCUGAAUGUCAGUUCUACAUGAAGACAGGGGAUUGUAAGUUUGGCGCCUCCUGUAAAUAUCAUCAUCCACCAGAACGUGUUGUCCCAAAAACAAGCUGUGUCCUCAGCCCCUUGGGUCUGCCCCUGCGACCGGGGGCCCCAACUUGUACAUUCUAUGCACAACAUGGAGUAUGUAAAUUUGGACCGACGUGCAGAUUUGAUCAUCCAAUGGGAAGCAUGAUUUACAGUCCCUCUGCGUCAUCUCUUGCAGAUAUGCCUGUUGCACCAUAUCCAGUUGGUUCAUCUCUGGCAACUCUGGCUCCAUCCUCCUCAUCCUCUGAUCUUCGGCUUGAAUCCAUUGCUGAGCUGAGCAAAGAUUCUUCCGCAGUCAGGGAGGGAUACAGAGUCUCGUCCUCUGAAGCCACAUCAAGUGGUUCAAUAGGAUCAAUUUUCUCAAAGGGUGGACAAGCGACUGCCGCUCCCAGUCAGAGUACUGCUCCUCCAAGCAGUAGUACUGAUCAUGUUGUCAAAUUUCAUACUUGAAGCCUAGGGAAAACAGAGCACCGCCUGUGUUAUUUUUGUCAACGAAAUCUCAACAAGCGUGGUAUGUCUUUCCCCUCAAAGACUUCAUAUAUACAUAAAUAUCUAUAUCAGCAGAAGCCACUCCAUUCCUUGACAUCCUUUAUCUAAUCUAGGUCCGCCCUAGGUUAUCUCUGGUCAUCCUGUUUAUAUUAUACUCACAGCCAAUCUUUCUUUAAUAAACAAGCCCUUGUCAAAAAGGUAUAUCAACCCAACCGCCUUCUGCAUUAUCCCAAUAAAUCCAAGAAGAAAGCCCUUGAAAGGAGAAGCACUCUCUCAAGUGCAGCAGUGCUUUUGCCAUUCUCGAACGAUGGGGGUCAGGUACAUCAUGUAUAUGGUCACCACCACGUUUGUACGUCAGCGCUGUCUGGACUUGCUGAUUUUUUCUCAACUGGCUUUCAGUUUUGUUAUAUUUUAGCUGUUUCUUAAUAUUAUAAAAGCUUGGAAGGUUUUCUUUCCCCCCUUUUUUGCUGAGGGAGUGAUGAACAGAGAGAACCGAACCUUCACGCUUACCCCACAAGGAGAAGCGUCAUUGAAUAGUUAUUAUUUGAUAUAAGGAUAUAUAUGGAUUCAGGGCUUGUGUAAUUGAAAGCCAAUUGUUAAGAACACUAUAUUAUUUAUGAUAUAUCUUAGAUUAUCUAUUCUUGCUUAAAUGUAGAUACUCUGAGUUACAAUUCUUUUCAGAGGAUAUAUUCAUGGGUUUUAUUUAUUUCCA